AUGACCUCGUCGUCGUCCGUCCCAGGGGGCCUCACCCUGAGCCGCCAAUCCCACUCCCGAAACCACUCCCACUCCAUCAUCGGAGCCACCCUCAACGGCACCCACCGCGUUACCCGUCGCAAGAGCAUGACAAACACGGGCGCUAAUGUUGCAGCCGUAGCUGCUGCCUUUACGGAACCCGGCGACGGGCCCAUGCCCCUCCAGAUCUCGGCCCGCCGAAACACACUGUCCAAGAAUGGCCUCUCCCGGUCCGUGGUAGCUGGCAGCCUGCCGUCUCCGCCAGCAAGCCUGCCCAGUCGCAGAUUCCUGGCCGGGACAGGCAUGAGCAACUUGCAGGAGAAUGCGAUCGACGACGAGCUCAAUGACGCAUCGGGGGAUGACGCCGAUUCGGCCUUCCAGAAAGCUCGCGUUAGAAGAGCAAGCGACGGACAGCCCCUGGUCAAGGAAGGUGGACGCAAGAGCAAUCGCCCAGAGCUUCGCUGCGAGAAGUGCGGGAAGGGAUACAAGCAUAGCAGCUGCCUGACCAAGCAUUUGUGGGAACAUACCCCCGAAUGGUCCUACACCUCCAAGCUCUUGAUUUCGAAGCACCAGCAGGUGCAGCUGCUCGAGGCUGCUUCGGUACUCGUUGCUAUGAACAAGGACUCAGCCACCACGCCCCCAGAUUCGGCCCGGGACUUCAACAGCGAACAGGGUUCGGCGUCGCCCCCAGCAAGCGGCUUCUCGGAUCCCCAGGACCGGAGCUCGGCCGAUACCACCCCGCCGCCGCAGCUGGAUGCUGUCGGCGCUGCGAACGGGUCGUACAGAAACUUCAGCAAGAGGUUCAGCAACGGCAGUGGGAUUUCCCGGUCAUAUCAGUCUGCGCCUUUUGGAAGUUCAGCUCUUGGCAGCGUUCCAAACGGAUCCGGGUUUAGCCACUUCCGGCAGCUGAGCCAGGACCAAAGACCAACAUCGUCUGGCAGAAAUGCUACCGGUCCGGCCGACAGCGAGCUUGCUGCUGCCCUGCUGGGUUGCAGUUUCAGUAGCCACAACGGGUCUUCGCGGACGGUCCACCUUCCGGCCGACGCACCUCCCGUGCCGCCCCUCCCUACCAAGUUCCUCGAGGAGGCCAUGUUGGGCAGCAGCUUCAUGAACAGUUACCCCAGCAGGGCUCCAGAGAGUUUCACCCGAGGAGAGCUCCGCCGUGUAGACGUCAAGAUGGAGGAAGCCGAGAGCGUCAUGGACGAAGACGACGAGGACAUGCGCUCCCGCGGACGAAGCGAAGAGGACGACGACGGUGUAUUCGGCCGAAUGGAGGAAUAA